AUGUCCACAAUCUUUCUACCCUCCGCACUGUUACUCCAGCGCAAACCCUCCGCCAAACCGCCGACCGCCGCCAUGGCCACAUGCGUCCACUCCUCCGGCACCGAAGCCCCUCCAGAAAACAAUCCGACCGUCGACGGCUACGUCCGGUACUUAUUCCGCCCAAACCCGCCCGAUUCCACCUCCAUGCCGAAAAAUUCCCUUUCCGAUAACCCUGAAAUCGAAAAGGGGGGCGGCGAUUUGUGGGCGCAGAUGAUGGAGGAAGCCAGGUCGGACGUGGAUCAGGAGCCGAUCCUCUCCGGCUACUACUACAAUUCCAUCUUAUCUCACGAUUCUUUGGAGAGCGCCCUUGCCGAAUACCUCUCCAUGAAGCUCAGCGACUCCAGCUUGCCCAGCGGCACUCUCUACGAUCUCUUCCUCGGCAUCCUGACCGCCGAUAGAGAUAUAAUCGGCGCCGUUAAUGAUGACCUGAGGGCUGUCAAGGAAAGAGACCCCGCCUGCCUCAGUUACGUCCACUGCUUUCUCAACUUCAAAGGGUUUAUGGCCUGCCAGGCUCAUAGGAUAGCGCACCAUCUGUGGUCCCAGGGGAGGCAGAUCCUGGCCCUCUUGAUACAGAACAGGGUUUCGGAGGUUUUCGCGGUGGAUAUCCACCCGGGGGCGAAAAUCGGGAGAGGUAUAAUGCUGGAUCACGCGACUGGGCUGGUGAUUGGGGAGACGGCCGUGAUUGGGGACAACGUGUCGAUUUUGCACGGCGUGACCUUGGGUGGGACCGGGAAGGACUCGGGAGAGAGGCACCCGAAAAUCGGGGAUGGGGUUCUGAUUGGGGCGGGAAGUUGCGUGUUGGGGAACGUGAGGAUUGAGGAUGGGGCUAAGGUUGGGGCGGGGUCCGUGGUGCUGAAGCGGGUCCCGGCUAGGACGACGGUUGUGGGUAACCCGGCCAAGUUGAUUGGGGGAAAGGCGAGGCCGAUCAUGUUGGAUCACAUCCCGAGCCUCACUAUGGACCACACCUCGCACAUAUCCGAGUGGUCGGAUUACGUGAUUUAG